AUGGAGAUUUCUCUUCAAGAUCCGGUCGUCGAUGCCAUGAAGAUACGAAUAUCCGAUGACCCUAAAACGACCCGCAAGUUCGUCGCCGACUUUCUUGACAGCCCGGACGGAAAGGUCUUCCUCGACAACCCUGACGGUCAACCGGGUAUCUUCAUCGGCGAUGUUUCACAGCCCAUGCAGGGACUCGGACCACUGGGCUACCAAUACGUGAUGGAGGGCCCUGAAGCGCUGGCGGUGGAAAACGGCGACCUUCUUGUCCUCCAGGCACGACCCAACGCGCCCUUCUCGGGCGGCUCAACCAUGCUGGGAAACCUGCGUCUUGCUCUCCACAAAGCAGCCAUAGCAAAGGGACUAAUUGAAGCACCUAAGAGUACUAAAUUCGUCUGGAUCACAGACUUCCCAUUGUUCACCCCGUCGAGCGACAGUGAACCGGGCCAAGGUGGCUCAGCUGGCUUCUCAUCAACGCACCACCCUUUCACCGCUCCAAAGACACCCGAGGACGUCGACUUGCUACUCACUUCGCCUUCAUCUGCGGUAGCAGCACACUACGACAUUGUGGUCAACGGCGUUGAGCUCGGCGGCGGCAGUCGCCGUAUCCACUCCGCCGCCAUGCAAGAAUUCAUCUUCAAAGAUAUUCUCAAAAUGAAGCCCGAACGCGUAGAGGACUUCAGACAUCUGCUUGAUGUGUUGAGGAGCGGCUGCCCGCCUCAUGCGGGUAUUGCACUGGGAUGGGAUCGGUUGAUGGCUGUUAUGUGCAACAGGGAUAGCGUGAGGGAUGUCAUUGCUUUCCCGAAGAGCGGAAGAGGGGAGGAUCAGUUGGUCAAGAGUCCGAAUCGUAUGACGGAGGAGCAGUUGGAGACAUAUCACUUGAGCUUGAGGGAGUAG